CGCGGUAAGUUUGCAGAACCUUACAGCUAGUCUCAGCCAGCGGGGAUCUCCCUUCUUUCAUCUUUUUCUUUCACAGGUUGUAUCGUCCACCGUCACCAUGUCUGACACUGAGGAAGUUGAUCAGGUCGAGGCUGUAGCCGAGGAGGUAGUAGAGGAAGUAGAAGUGGCUCCUGAGGCGGCCCCUGAGCCAGAACCAGAGCCAGAACCAGAGGUAGAGCCAGAGCCAGAGCCAGAACCAGAACCAGUGGUAGAACCAGAACCAGAACCAGAGCCAGAGCCUGAGCUUGAGCUUGAAGAGGCUGUGGAAGAGGAAGAGGAGAAGCCAAAGUUCAAACCUGCUGCACCAAAGAUGCCCGAUGGUGAGAAAGUGGACUUUGACGAUAUCCAGAAGAAACGUCAGAACAAAGAUCUGUCGGAGCUGCAGGGCCUGAUCGAUGCUCACUUUGUUAGCAGGAAGAAGGAGGAGGAGGAGCUGAUCGGUCUGAAGGACAGGAUUGAGAAGCGUCGCGCUGAGAGAUCCGAGCAGCAGAGGAUCCAAUCUGAGAAAGAAAAGGAGCGCCAGGUCAAGCGUGAGGAGGAGAGGCGGAUCAGGGAAGAGAGAGACCAGGAGAAGAAGGCCGGAGAGGAAGCAAAGAAGAAGUCAGCUCUGUCCAGCAUGGGCUCCAACUACAGCAGCCAUCUGCAGAAGGCUGACUCGAAGAGAGGAGGAAAGAAAGAGACUGAGAGAGAGAAGAAGAAGAAGAUCCUGGCCGCCAGACGCAAGCAGCUGAACAUCGACCAUCUGAACGAAGACAAGCUCAAGGAUAAGAUCACUGAGCUGCACGAAUGGAUGACCACGCUGGAGUCUGACAAGUUCGAUCACAUGGAGAGACUGAAGAGGCAGAAGUACGAGGUCACCACCCUGCGUAAGAGAGUUGAAGAGCUCAGUAAAUUCAGCAAGAAGGGAGCCGCCGCCCGCCGCAGAAAGUAGAUCUUCCCAAAAACGAAAGUGCGAUCUUCUCGAACACACGCCUGAGGAAAAGACGCGCACUUUGGCAAAGGUCCUAGCCCGGAAGAAGCCAGUAACGCUGAGGUGUACUUUGCGAUUAUCAACACGCGUCCUGAAACAUGCAACCAGGAGCCUUUAGCUGCUGUUCAUAAGGAAUAAAAAAACGUAAAAAGAAACUUGCAUUCGUCAUCACGCUUCCUCGCCCUCAGCUGUUUGGUUCUCAGUAUUUUUGUAAAUAAAGUGUGACACUUCAAGCCAU